AUGGUGCUCAAUAACCCUCAGCUGCACCCUGCUGUUACCUUCUCCAACAAGGUAUUCAGGAAGGAUAAAGAGUUCUCUCGCUAUGUUCGUCGCUUUCGUGAUCGAGCAAUUUACCCCUCCUUCACCAUUCAACCAUCUGCCUUCUCCAAGUACGAUAUGGAUAUAUCUACCUUGAUUCGCAACCUUGGAUGGGAAUCUCUGUUUGAAGAUCAACGGUUUACCUACUGUCCCGAGGCUGUGAGGCUGUUCUAUGUGAACCUCAAACGUGGUUCUGGCGCUGAUCUCUAUUCCUUCAAAACCACGGUCGGCAAUCUUGAGAUCACAGUCACUGCUGAUCUGCUUGCCAGUGAGCUAGGGCUGCCUCACAAUGGUCUCAAGGCAGGGGACGAUAGCCAGUUCCAUGAUUACAAUUUUGACUAUAGGUGUCAAAACAUAGCCCGACCCGAUUAA